GCGUUCCCGACAUGCCCCGCGGCGGCCACCGACCGCCGGAUUUGAAUCGAGUCAGCGCUCGGCGGUUGCGGUGGCGGGAUGGGCGCUUCGUCGUUGCCCCCGGCCUGGCAGCUCUACCUCAAGGACCACCGCAUCUCUACGUUCAAGAACUGGCCGUUCUUGGAGGGCUGCGCCUGCACCCCGGAACGGAUGGCCGAGGCCGGCUUCAUCCACUGCCCCACGGAGAACGAGCCCGACUUGGCUCAGUGUUUCUUCUGCUUCAAGGAGCUGGAAGGCUGGGAGCCAGACGACGACCCCAUAGAAGAACAUAAAAAACAUUCAUCUGGUUGUGCUUUUCUUUCUGUCAAGAAGCAAUUCGAAGAAUUAACCCUCAGUGAAUUUUUGAAACUGGACAAGGAAAGAGCCAAGAACAAAAUUGCAAAGGAAACCAGCAAUAAACAGAAGGAAUUUGAAGAGACGGCGAAGAGAGUGCGCUGUGCCAUCGAGCAGCUGGCGGCCCUGGAGUGAGCCCUGCAGCCUGCUGGGCCCAGACGGGGGCGCGGUGCCCACGCCCACUCCCCAGCGUCAGCGGCUCCUGGGCGGGUGGGGGUGCUUGGCCGCAUCUUAGGAAAGGACGUCACGUUUUGAAAUUAGAACAUUUAAGCUAUACUUUUGCUUUUUUCUUGGAAGUGGCGCCACGGCGCCUUCUCUUUGUGCAGCCGGUGCCGCUGAGCAUAGUAACUGACUUUUUUCUUUGGUAGUUUUUGGGCCGCUGCUUCCUGGACUGCCCAGGGUGAGCAGGUGAGAGGUGUGUCCUCCCGGGCAGGGCCCCUCCACAGGGAAGCCCCUGGGCUUCGGGUUGACCACUAGCUGUUGGAGCCUGAGAUCUGAGGCCUGAAUGUAGUCGUAGGUCUGUUGUAACUGGAUGAACAGAGAGUGAAGGAGACCGUUUUAGGUUUUAUUUGUGGAAUAAUCCAAAUUUCUAGUGUGCGUUCCUCAUGUUCCCAGGACCCCGCAUCGCCUCGCUGGGGUGUGUCCAAGGCCCGCACCACCCCUUCCCCCGUCAGGCCUGUGGCUCUACGGGGGCCUCCAUCCUGCAGAGCGGACCACACGCAGCCCCGUCCCUGCCCAAGCCCUGAACGCCCGUGUGCAGUAAGGGGCUUCCUCGGCUGCCUUGCCACCCUAGUCUUCAAGUUCGUAUGGGGGAGCUGCUGGAGUUCAACCCUAGGCUGCCCUGGGCCUUGCUGUGUGACAGUGCCCGGGGGGCGGGGGGCCGAUGUCUUGACAGUGAAACCAGCCUCUGGCUUGGAGUCGCGCUGAGGAUACUUCUUCACUUCCAGUGGGCACCACAGGCACACGGCAGGGUUGUGACAUUUCUCUAAGAAAGAUGAGGAAAAGGUGCUUCAUGCGAGUCAGUGCGUUUUGCAGAGGCCGGGCUGCCUGUCCUGCAGCAGCUGUCGCGCAGCUGGGGGCGGGCGGGGCGCGGCGGGCACCGGGGAAGGACUUGCUGGCCUCUCCCGGUCGUGGCGAGGGUUGGGCGGCUGGCAGCGCACCUGUCUGUCUUAUGGGAGCCCCCCUCGGGGAGGGCAGUGGGGUCAGUGGGUCUAAAAGGUAGGCUGGGAAUCUCCGGCGGGGGGAGCCUUUUUUACAGGGAGCUGGUUUAUACCGUUUGCAGUCUCACAAGAUCAUCAGUUCAGUAAGAGCUGGAGCAGGGGCGACGAAUACACAGUUGGAGCGCCCCUUCGGGCCCCGGCCCCAGUGCCCUGGCACAGGCUGCCCUUCGGCAGGUCCAGUCCCCGCACCUGUUGAAGCUGAGCUGUGGUUUCCUUGUCUGACACGGGCUCAUAAAAGCUGUGCCACCUCAGCUGGCCCUCUUGUGUGGACAUGUGACGUGUGAGGCUCUGCGUGUCACGUUCUUACUUUGAAUUAUUACUUCGUGGAACGGCACAAGCUACAGUUAAAAGGGCACAAAGCCAUUCCAGGUCACUGGGGAAAUAGGGUGAGCCUUAGGUGGAUCUGGAGACAAAGUAAGGUAGCAGGAAGUGGGCAGCAGAAAUGGUCAUUUAUGAACUCGCUUGGCCGUUAGGCAGCCGAGCGAGCCUUCGGCCACACGCCGGUGUCUCCCUCCCCGAGCCCAAGGCAGCGGCCAAGGAACUUGGCUCAGAGGCGUGGGACCUGGUGGGCUGCGGGCGAUCAGUCGGCCCUGAGUGGCCACGUCUCCACUGCUCCACACGCUUCCGCAUGUCCAUGUCACGCUGUCCACGUCGUCGUCUCCACACCGGUCCCCCUGCGCACCUCCCCGCGGCCGGCUCACACGGGAGUCACAGGGACAGAUUUUAUUUCUCCCUCCAUGAAUCUAAGCUGUAGGG